UCAUCCCGUUUGUGACCUCGGGAACUUGGCGUUCCAGGGGAGAAGGGGGUGGCUGGCUUGUCUCCAGGUCUCAUAUCCAAAGUAUUGGCUGCUGAAGAGAUAGACCCGGGCCAAGGCGAGCAGGCGACUCCAGGUUCUGGAACCAGCAGACAGGACAGCCCCUCUUCAGGAUGAACACUCCAGGACUGCUGGGCACCCUGGUGCUCUUCUUCCUCUUGGUGACUGUCCAGGGACCCCGUCUGAGCGACUGGUUCUUUCCCAGUAAAUGCCCCCGACUCAGAGAAAACUGCGAAUUCCGAGAAAGGGACCUGUGUACGAAGGUCAAACCAUGCCCGAGCAACCAGAAGUGCUGUGUCUUCAGCUGUGGGAAAAAAUGCAUAGACCCUCAACAAGAUAUAUGCAAACUCCCAAAAGACUCCGGCCCCUGCAUGGCUUAUUUUAUUCGGUGGUGGUACAGUAAGGAAAACAACACCUGCUACAGCUUCGUCUAUGGAGGCUGCCUGGGGAACAACAACAACUUCCAGACCCAGGCCAUCUGCCAGGACGCCUGCCAGAAACCCCGCUCCUAACUCCUGCGCGGACGCGGAUACGUGAGAGCAGCCACCAGGAUCUGACCCAGGCACCCGGCUCUGCUAUGAAACUGACCGAUGCGACAGGUUGACUUCCGGGGCUCCACUCUCCGCGACCCAAGGCCUUCGCUCUUCCCAAAACCAAACCCCGGGCUCCUCCUCCCUCUCUGCCAUAGCUGCCGCUUUUCACGCACAACCCUUCCAGUCGGAUUCCAUGCGCUUCACCCCCUUAUCUCCUGAGCUCCCCCACUGUCUCUCUGUAUAGCCCAAUUUCUCCCAAUAAAGUUCUUGCUUAGUCCUA